UUUUAUUUUACAUUACAAAACAGAUGGGUGAUUAUUGGUAAUCGGGUAUUAUGCCUCACCGGCAUAUGACUAAUAAUCGCAUAAUAAUUGAUAGGACAAUCCUCUGGAGUGAGUCGAAUCAGCGGAAAAAAUAGAUCUUUUGAACUUGAACGGUAUAAUUGUCGUAUCAAUUUAGUCCAUUUUUUGUGUGUCCAUUGCUCUCAUGUGAUGUAAUCAUUGUUUUUUUCGAAGACCAUUAUUUACCAUGACUGAACAGAUUUUUCGAGAAAAAAAUUGAAUAACAAUCAUAAAAAGUUGUUUUCCAACUUUCUCUUGGCCACCCUUUUUUAUGUACGCUCUUAAGAUAACAACUGCAUGAACGGUUCCUAGGUAACGCUAACCUCGAUUAAGUGCAUGGCAUGGAAACGCUUGUCAACAAUGUCAAAAUGUCAUAAUUUGCUUGCAUCGAACGUUCCAAUUGAGCAAGUAAUCUUGUUUACUUUGAUGGAAAAUUCCAAUUGUCACCAUAUUUUUUGAAUUGAAGAGUUUCAAUAUAUGAUAAAGUGAAGCGAUAUACAGUAAAAGAAAGUGGAGAAAAUGAACGAGAAAAAGUCGCUGCUGGAAAAGUAUUCAAUACCAGUUGAUCAUUUAGACUUUGAUUACAUAAGAGACUGCCGAAAUGUCCGGGAAUUGGAGAAAAUCAUAGAAAUAUUAAAAUCGAAUGAAGAAGGAUACUAUCCGGAUUUGACGCGUUUCGCUGAAGAACAACUGAAGGGAGAGGAUCCAGACAAUCGGAUGCUUCGAAUCGAAGUGAAAUGCCAACGAACCAGCAUGAAUGACAAACAGGAAAUCAAUGAAUUUGUACAGAGUAUCAAAAGUAAAGAUAGAAAGAUGCGAGUUCAAUCAAACAGUGAGGAUAAUUCAGAUUCAUUGCCUCCAAUACGAACUGUGAUCAACUCUUCUGAAACUCAAGUUGCCGUCAAAAAUAAAGAAAAACGAAUUAACGCCACUGAUUAUAAUCAAUGGGAUAAAUUUGAUGCAGAUACGGAAUGUCUAAAAAUCGAUUUGGCCGAGGAGCAAAUUCGUGAAAAAGCUGCCAUUGCGCAAAAACAACAGCAGAAAAAGUCCAAACUGAUUGAAAUUUUGCCCGAGAAAACGUUACUCGAAAAAAUCAACGAUGUUGAGAAACAUGAGUUCGCUGAUAAGCAUCGAAUCAAAGGGAAUGAAUUCUUCAAGUGUUGCGAUUAUCAACAGGCAAUCAUCGAAUAUAACGCUAGUUUAACAUAUGAAUCAUCGGCUGCUGUUUAUAACAAUCGAGCACUUGUUUACUUGAAGCAGAAAAAGUACGCCGAGUGUAUGCAAGAUUGUGAUGAAUGCCUGAAACUGGAACCGAAAAAUGUAAAGGCGAUGCUUAGGAAAUGUGAAGCAUUGGUGGCAACUGAUCAAAAGAACGAGGCAUACAAGAUAUAUUCGUACAUUCUAAAGAUGGAACCCGGAAAUGUCAUUGCUAAAAAAGCACUCAAAAAUAUUUCAUUGCGGCUUGAAAUUCAAGAUGUGAAUGUUCAAUCUCAAGGCAUCAGACUAACGGAAAUAGAAUCUCAGGGGAACGAUGGCAUUGAUGACGAACUCUAUCGAAAACUUAUAAUUCCACAAAUCACUCCGCGAAAUAAAUUCUCGGGGGUUAUGACCAGCAAAUCAAAGAACUGAUAACAGUAAUAGUUUUCAGUAGAAUUUUAAACGACACAUAUGGGCACAUAAGACAAACCAAACCACACUUAGAAGAGAAAAAAAUCGGGAAAUGAUAAAGUACAACAUGGUCCAUUAUCCAUUGCUUUUACUUUAUUUUUAAUUAGAAUCUUACAAACGUCUGUGUUUUGAUUAUUAUUCAUCUCCAUAUAUAAUUUUUUCGUAUUUUGUUUUAUUCAAACCCUACUUUGCAAUUCGAAGGAAAUGAAAUUUUCAUAAAUCCAAGCUGUUACGCUAUUGUUGAUAAACGUUCACAAGCUAGCUGAAUACUGUUUGUAAGAAUGUACUGUAAAAUAUUCAAUUUUUAAUUAGAGUAGAAUCAAUGAUCAAUCAGAUUGGUGUAGAAACGGAUUGGUUCAUAUGUACCCGUGUGGAAAUAUUCCGACUGAACUAACUAAAAUCGAUUAUUUUGGGAAAUAGUUGACUGGAUAAAAGUGAUAACCUAGUACAAAAACAAUGAUAACUAUGAUCAUCAAAAUAAGCGACUGGCUAAAGUUUCAUCGUAGUCGACUAUUUCUUUCAUAAAAAACAUCUGCUCAGUUAACUAAAGUCGCUUAUUAGUAGAUUUUAGUUACAGUCAGUCAUUUCUUUUUUACCUAGGGGCUAACCACAGUUUUAAAAAUAACCAAUAAUGAUUGACUUUAACAUUUUUUGAUCAUUUAAACAAAUAAAUUCCGAUAUGAUCACAUUUUGGUCGAUUUUGCCCGA